CCCGAAAAAAGGACGCGGUCGUGGACCGAACAGACCUUUCCCCAAAAUUUCCCCUCCCCCCGCACCGAACAAACUCUCGAUCCGAUCCCGAUCUCUGCAGGGCGCCGCCUCGGCUCACCGAUCCGGCCCCGGAUCCGCUCGUCGCUCGACGGGAUCUCUCGAUCGGAGUCUGGACAAGCAUGCUGCAUCAGGAGAACAGUGAGGCUUUCGUGAGGCACCACUCUGAGCAGCUUGCAUGUAGCAACAUGAGGGGAGCAGAUAAUGGUCGUCCGAAUUUCCUUCCUGAGAAAUGCCAGAUUGCAGUUUGCCAAAGGGGUGAAAAAGUUGACCUAUUUGAUGAAGAGUUGGUACAAGGUGUUCAUCUAGCCAAUCCUACUGUUCAUUCACCAUUGGUGCCAAGUGGUGUCAAAGAAACACCUAUAGUUGAUCAUAACAAGAGACCUGCAUCCAGUGACAUGCUGGAUAUAGUUGAAUGCAAACGGCUGAAGCAGGAAGAUCAAAUUGUAACUAAGGAAGACAACCAUACAUCUGCUGUGGAGGAUUUUCGUGAGUACCCAACAUACACGACUUGUGAAAGAAGCUUUGACUCACCACUGUAUGAGAGCGAGGAAAGUGAAGAUGAGGGUGUAGAUUCACCUCUCCAUUAUUCACAUGCUCACACCUAUGUGGAGGAUGAUCUAUGGCCUGCCAGCUUUCAUCAAUCUGUGGGCCCUUUUCCCUCGAGGAAAGCUGUUCCUAUUGGGCCAAAUCAUCAGGCUGAAUUACCUGAGUGCAGGCCAUUUAGUGGAAGGACUGAAGAAGGAGAAAGUGUCAAGUGGAUCAGAAACGGUGUUAUUCCAAUGCCUGGUACUGAUGCAUCGUCUUUGGUGUUGGAACCUGUUCACUGCAAGGCAGGCUGUGAGUGUCUUGACGAAGGUUCAAUCAAUUGUGUGAAAAAGCAUGUGAGGGAAGCAAGAGAAAAGCUGAAGGGUUCUGUUGGUUCAGACGCCUUCAGAGAGUUGGGUUUCUAUGAUAUGGGAGAAGAGGUUGCCUCAAGGUGGACAGAAGAGGAGGAACAUUUGUUCCAGCAAGUGGUCUUGGCAAACCCCGCUUCUCUGCGUAGAAACUUUUGGGACGAACUCCCUCUUGCUUUCCCUUCCAAGUCCAGCAAAGAACUAGUGAGCUACUACUUCAAUGUCUUCAUGUUGAGGAAGAGGGCUGAGCAGAACAGGUUCGACCCAAUGAACAUCGACAGUGACGAUGACGAAUGGCAGGCAGGUGGUGAUGGUGAGUUUCCAAUCACAGGAAGAGCUGACGAAUACUUGCCAACUGAGUCCCUUACUGAUCAAGAUGAUAUUGCAUGCAAUCCAGUUCCUCUAGAGGAGGAUUUCUAUGAAGAUUCUGAUGAUGAGGAUGAGCUUGACAAUGCCAGUGGAGACAGGCAUAAUGGUUGUCAGAGGGCCAGCAUGUUGUCAGAGGGCCAUCCUGUAAUGUCAUUUAUAGAUAAUAAUCAACAGACGUUCAAGCUAGAUGCAGAUGCACAGGAUGACUCUUGCACAUCAUUUGAGGCUCAUCAGGUUGGUGUUGAAGGUGGUACACAUACUGAUAUUGCUGAUGGCAGUCACUACAGGAGUGACGGCUUUGGUGGCGGUGCAGAGCAUGGGUUCUUUGGUGAUCAUUGUGACACAAAAGAGUGGGACUUCGGUUUCAGUACCGGUUGGGAGAAGCAUGAUUUUUUGUCAACAAACAAUGUCAUAGAAGAGGUGUUCGGGAAGGGCUCCAGUGAAGAUGGAAGUGACACUGCUACUGGCCAGGGCCUUCUCUGAGCCAGGCGGAGGCUUCUUUUCAGCUGCGAUACUGUAACAGCCCUCCUGGUCUCUGAAUUUGUACAGCAAGUAGUUGGCUAUUUUGAUUUAAUGCCUCACUUGUUCUUAUAGGAAUCUCUCACCCCUGUCCUUGGAUCAUCAUCUGCUUGCGAUUUUGAUCGCAUGAUUAAUGUAAAUCCCUAGAUGAUAUCAUCUGUCGAUGAUCUGUUGUUAGGCUGUAGCCAUGUACGUAUUAUCUUUGUUGUGACGGUGUCUCUUGACCUGAGCAUUUUUUCCAUGUGCCAGCGAGGGUCAUGUAAUAAAAGUUGUUCCUUGACCCAA